AUGAGGCAGAAAACUCAGACUCCCCAAGAUGCAUCACUGAGAAAAGCUUUGGUCAAUAUGAGAUAUGGAAAUUGUACUGCUGAGGACAUUAAAUUUUUGAGAACUCUUCAAGCCAGUAAAAAGCCAGGAAGACCUAAGAUUGCUUCAAAGGAAUUCAGAAAUGUGGCAAUUAUAUGUGGAAGACACACACAAAAAGAUCAAAUUAAUCAAAUGGGGUGUGAAAGAUUUGCUGAGGAGACAGGCCAAAAAUUGACCCAUUUUUACUCUGUAGGCAAGUGGGGAAAGGAUGCUGAUCCAGCCAAUAAAACAAAGUGGGGAAAAUCAAAGGCUGUUUCAAAAUCAAAGCACAAGUCAAAUGAAAUUGACUUUGAUGAUCAACAUCAAAUCUGGAAUGUCAGACAUGGAUCAACUGAACACUUUGCUGGAAAGCUUUCACUCUGCCUUGGAAUGCCUGUGAUGAUCAGAAAUAAUGAUGCAACUGAGCUGUGCAUAACAAAAGGUCAAGAAGGAUUUGUAGUUGGAUGGCAGGCAAAGAAAGGUCCACAUGGAAAGAGAAUACUGGAUACUCUAUUUGUAAAGUUAGACAAGCCUUCAAAAACUAUUCAAAUACCUGGGCUUCCAGAAAAUGUAGUGCCUUUAGUUAAGGGAACUAAAACCAUUACAUGUACAUUCCCCAGUGAUCUGAAGGAGUCUAUAGAAAGACAACAAGUCUGGGUUCUACCUAAUUUUGCAAUGACAGAUUAUGCAGCUCAAGGAAAAACUAGACCAUACAAUGUUGUACAUCUCAACAGCUGCCACACUCAUAUGUCCUACUAUACUUGUCUCUCCAGAAGUGCAAGUGCAGCUGGAACUAUCAUUCUACAAGGCUUUGAGCCUAGCAUUGUUACUAGAGGAUGUGCAAAAUAUCUUAGGCAGGAACUCAGAGAACAAGAACUUCUAGAUGAAAUUACCAGGCUUAGAUAUGAAGGGUCACUUCCUUCUUGUGUUGUAGGAUACACACGUAAUUCAUUAAUCAGAAAUUUCCAAGACUGGAAAGGUACAGAAUAUGUUCCAGAGAAAACAGAUGCAUCUUUGAGGUGGAGUGAAAGUGAUCCAAUGGAUAUACUACCUGUGGUUACAGACAGUCCAUGGCAGAUAAUUAAGAGAGGCAAAGAUAAGAAAGCAGAGCAACCCAAGAAAGCUUCAACAUUUUUCCCAGCUAAGGGAUCAGUUGCAGUCAAGCAUAAGCUGGAUGAUGAUGAUGAGAUUAAUAUAAAGAAAAAGAGUAAAAAAAUACUGAAGCCUAAGUCUAGCACCAAGUUGGGACUUCAAUGGGAUACUGUAAAUUACAGUUGUGCAUAUGAUAGCUUAUUUGUAAUUUUAUAUCAUAUUUGGAACAUAGAUCCUGUGAGGUGGACUACAAAUUUUACAGAGAUCAACCAAGAUUAUUUAGGUGCAUUGGCAGCUGGUUUCAACAAGGUGCUUGAAGGAACACUUACUUUAGAAAAUGUAAGAGAUGAACUUAGACAUGAUCUUCAUAAUUUAGAUCCUAUCAAAUUUCCUAUGGGCAAAACAGGAGCUAGUGUUGGACAACUUACAUUUGAAAUGCUUAAGUAUGAAAAAAACAAUGCAGUGGCUGAAAUAAUAUGUUCAGACUGUGGAAAUGCAUAUGAAGUAGAUGAUACACUGGGAUAUGUUCUACAUGCAUCUGACCCUAUACCAGCAUCAACUUCAAAAUGGAUAGGAUCAAUUCAGAAGCCAUCUACAGAAAUAUGUGGGGGUUGCUCAGGUGAAAUGAUUGAGCAUGUAGCCUAUGCAGAGGUUCCAAAGAUUAUCAUCCUGGAGUACCCAUACUGUAAUACUGAAACUAGUCACAAGGUAAAGUUUGUAGUAAAUGGAGAAGAAGUCUUACUGAGCCUGAGAGGGAUCAUAUACCAUGGGGAUAAUCAUUUCACCUCUAGAGUUUUUUCAUAUGAAGGUAAAGUAUGGUUCCAUGAUGGGAUAACCACCAAAAAUAAGUGUAUAGAAGAUGGGCAGAUAGAUGAUAAAAGCAAUGAUGAUCUUAGAUACUAUGAAGAUCAGGAACUUGUUUUAGCUGUAUAUUCUCAACUUUAA